AUGUCCUUGCUUGAGGACGCGCUGGACCUUCUACGUCUGGUGCUCGACUAUUUUGGAGUGCCUCCCGAAGUGCUUCUUCACGUGCGGGACGGUCCGCCGCGCGGCCGCUAUCGCAGCAUCGUGAGAAUGAUCGGCUCCGGCGUGCCUCUGGCACCCGCGCCGCGUGUUUACUUUCAGAUACCGCUUCUCGCCUCCGGGCCGCAAGGAUACGCGGACUUAGCCGUGGAAACGCCCGCCGUCCCAUCGUUUGCUGACGUCCUGUGGGUACUCGAGGACGAAGGGGAAAAUUUUGCAAAAACCAGGCACCAUCUAGCCCCGAGGAAACUGGCGAGCGGGCCGGCGCGCCGACAAAAGACGGAGCCGGACGCCCUAAGGAAAAUCUCUGCGCUGGAGAGCGAGCUGCUGGAGCUGCGAGCUCAGAUUGCCGCCAUCGUGACCGCGGCACCGCUCGUAGGCCUCCCGGAGUCCCGUGACCCGCCGGGAAGGCCGUCGACGUCGGCCGAGCCCCCCGCGGCGCUCGCGUCCGCGCCUCUCCGCGGCCCUCCUCCGGCUCCGCCUCUUCCUCCUCCUUUCUCCCCGUCGUCCGUAGGGGGCCCGAUCCGACGGCGCGACGAGAAUACCGUGAACCGGAAGCCGUCGAAAGCCGUUCAAAACUUGCCGUCCAUGUUGGACGUUCUCAAAGAUUUGAAUGGAGUCAAGCUGCGCGCCGUCCAGAGGUCACCGGGCGGCACGCCGGUCCGGAGGAGGCGGAGCAAAAGGAGCGGGGCCGAAGACCCGGCGGCGCUGAUCGCCCGAGCCCUCGAGAGGAAGUUCGCUCGGCAUCGGCGCGACGAUUCGUCGGACAAAGAGAAUUCGCCGGAAAGCUCGCCGUUCGGCAGUCCGGACGAGCCUGAGGUUCGCAACGCCGUGUUGGAGCUGCGUCUGCUCUUCCACGCCCUGACUAAGGCGGCGUGCCACCUGUACCUGGCCCUGCUGCCCCUGCGCCGCGCCGCCGUCCACUUCAGCGACUGCGCGCGCCACCUCCUGGCCGGGGCCCAGCAGCAGCGAGGCGGCCCCGCCCCUUACUCGAACGCCGCGCCGUCGCCGGCGGGGCGGGCGUGCACGCUCCACCUCCUGGAGGGCGCCUGCGUGCUGUGCGAGACCAUGCCCAACAUGCUGGCGGCGGCGCUGAGCGUGGGCGCCGCCCUGUGCCACGGCCUGCAGGGCGGCGCCUACGUGCUGGCGGCCACGCUGCGCGCCAUCCAGCUCAACCUCUUCUCUCAGAUGAACGGCGAGCGCGAGCGCUGGGACAAGGAGCGCCACCGCGCCAAGGAGAGCGAGAAGAGGCUCAACUCCAAAGUGCUGGAGUACAUCUCCGUCUUUUGCCAGGACCCCGUCAGCGCCCUGCGGAUCAAGGUGGACGUGCCGCCCGUCUACAGAUAA